AUGUCUAAGCAUUUGAUAAACAACAGUCUGUCAAAUCUACUUGGUUACCAGCGGUUCCGCUCAUCACCUUCAAUGUCGCCGCAAUCCAGAAAAGGCGCUCACAAGGCACAUGAUCUCCCGCAAUGUGUGGUCGUACUGCAUUGUAGGACCCUCUCUAAAGAACAAGUACAAUGCGCCUGCAGUUACAAAUCAAAAAAUGCAAAGUAUAUAAAACCUCAGUGGUUGACUGAAUAUAAUGCGGGAAAAGAUUACACUCCAUCCUGCAAUAUUGCCCCAACUGAUGUGACACCAGUAUUGAUUUCUUCCACUAGAUUUAAAAAUGCAGCAGAAAGCACCAGAGUUAUUAAACCAAUGAUGUGGGGAAUAAUACCACCCUGGCACAAGGGAGAUUACAAAACCCACAACUUAAGCACAAACAAUUGUCGUUUAGAAAACAUAAAGGAAUCUAAACUAUAUAGUCCAAUAUUACGAAAUGGAGGUAGAUGCAUAAUUGUUGUAGAGGGCUUCUAUGAGUGGCAAACCACUAAUAAACUAACAAAAAAUAAGCAACCUUAUUAUGUCUAUUCACCACAGGAUGUCAAUGUUAAGGUAGAUGAACCAGAUACUUGGCAAGCUACAUUUGAUGAGAAACAGGGUUGGAAAGGAAUAAACCUACUUCAUAUGGCAGGCUUGUACAAUGUAUGGCAGAAUGAAGAAACAAUAAUAUAUUCAUACUCUGUAAUUACAAUGGAAUCCAAUAAUAUUCUAAGUUGGUUACACCACAGAAUGCCAGCUAUAUUAAAUACUGACGAACAGAUUGAAGCUUGGCUUGAUGUCGACAAUGUUGGACCAGAUAUGGCGUUACUUUGGCUUAAACCAGUAAAAGUAUUGUCAUGGCACCCAGUUUCAACUAGUGUAAAUAAUUCUAAAAACAAAUCUGACUAUUGCAAUAAAAGAGUAAUAGAAGAAAAGAACAAAUCUAAACAGAAAACUUUAAAUUCUUGGUUUACAAAGGUUGAAAAACGGAAAUCAUCAGACGAAAAUUAUUCAGAAUCUAAAAGAAUUAAACAAUAA